AUGGCCUCCACAACCUGCAAAACCAGCAUCCCGGCCUCCAUCGCCCCCACCAGCACCUUCACCCAGGACAUCUCCCGCGCCAUCAUGACCGCCGCGCACGAAAAGCCCGCUAAGCUGCGCGCCAACAUCAUCGACGGCAUGCCUCCUGCGCCGCCGCCCUCGCCCGUCUCGUUUGCCGUGGACCGCAAGGUGCCCGGAAAGAUUGACCGCGAGAACAUCCCGAACCUCAACCUCGAGUGA